AUGGAAUAUAAAAAGAGCAUUUCCUUGCUUUUACUGCUGAAGAUAUUUCUUGUAGGAGUGGUUACGGGUGAGAAGAAUAUCAUUACCCUGAACAAUGGCUCCUAUUCGAAUCUACUCAUCGCAAUCGACAGGAAUGUGCCUGAGAAUCUGACCAUCAUCGACAAUCUCAAGACGAUGUUUACAUCAGCAUCUCAGCGUCUCUACAAUGCCACCAAGCAGCAGCUUUACUGGAGCCACAUCAAGAUUCUGGUCCCAAACACCUGGUCCAUCCAGACCCAAUACCAGUUUGCUAGGACCGAAACCUCACAGUCUGCAAACAUCUUCGUGCAUGACUUUACAGAUGACCAACCGUAUGUCGAUAACUUCGAAGGAUGUGGGAAAGAAGGAACUCGGAUACACAUGACACCGGCCUAUAUUCUAGAAGUACAAGACCGAGAAGACAAGUUUGGCAACACAGACAACGUCUUAGUCCGAACCUGGGGUUAUUACCGCUGGGGAUUGUUCAAAGAACACUACGACGGCGACGAAGGUACUGAUCCUACCUACGACUCACCCGAUGGUAGCACAGAAGGAACCCGCUGCUCUCUCAAGAUCAAAGGAACUCUCUUAAAGCAUGAUGGAACUACUUGCCGGAGUAGUCCUAACCAGUCCGAUAAUCCCGAUUGCCGCUUCGUUCCUGAUACUGAAGGACAGACGGCUACAGCUUCACUUCUGUUUGGAACCAGAGAUGCUCACAUUCAUUCGAUAGAGAAGUUCUGUGAUGACGACAAAUUAGACCCGGAUAGCCUACACAACCCCCUAGCUAAAAAUCUCAUGAACAAGUUAUGCGGUGGAGACAGUGCAUGGAGGGUAAUGAAGGAACGGACAACAGACUUCCUGGCGGAUGUACUACCGGUCUCUUACACCACUCCUGUAAUCGAGGUUCUCCAGCUCUCGUCGGUCAGAAGUGUAGUACUUGUCCUCGACACCAGUGGUAGUAUGGCAGGGAACCGAUUUGACCGAAUGAUCCAGACAUCUGUGCAUUACAUCAUGACUGUAAUUCCCGCAAACAGCAAGCUAGGAAUCGUAGUCUUCGACACGACAUCGAAAGCCAGUGAACUUCUUACGGAUAUUACCGAUACUGCUUCGCGUCAAAUACUCGUCGAUGCUUUACGGUCAUCACCGGGGGGUGGCACGUGCAUCGGAUGCGGGAUAUUGUCAGGCAUUCAGGUAUUGGGUUCCUAUUCGCGAGGUGGAUACAUGUUACUCCUCAGUGAUGGCGGAGAGAAUGUAGCUCCAUACAUCAGAGACACGUUUGAUGACAUUGAGAACUCAGGAGUCAUAAUUGACACCAUCACUAUAAGCAACUCAGCUGAUCAGCAAAUGGAAAAUCUUUCCAAAAACACUUAUGGCAUAUCAAGCUUCUGUACAGAUACCGGGAUUGGGACUUGUCUGAUGCAGGCGUUCCAGAGUACCAUAACGGAGAGACCAGACGUUGGCAUGGAAACUGUUCCUAUACAGAUCUACAGUUCAGGGGUCAUUAUCGAACCCGAUCCAGGUUUCUACAUUAUUCCGGUGGUCAUCGACACCGCACUUGGCAACGAAACUGUGUUCACGGUUAUCUGGACGGAGAGUCAAUCGAUAUCAGUCGUAGUAACUGGGCCAGGCGGUACUCGAGUUGACCAUAACGAUCCUCGCUAUCACAUUGAUAUGAACAACAUGAUUGUGACGAUCAACUUACCUCUUGCGCAGGAGGUGAAUUGUUCCCAGAAUCCAUCAUUAGCUAUCUAUGCUCAGGUUCAACAGGCAGAUAAUCUGCCUGUUUUUAACGCUGACGUCACAGCUAUCGUUUCGGAUUCAUCUAAAACGAACCGAGAGACAUUGCUCGACAACGGGAUAGCGUCAGACUUAAUGAAAGAUGACGGAACAUACUCAGGGUUCUUCCUAAACUUCACUUCCGAUGGCAGAUAUAACGUCAAGGUCAAUGUCGUCGGCUAUGAUGUCACAGAAUAUCGGAGAGGAAAAAGGUCAGCAGAACUUGAAAUUGAGACCGCAUCGGAGCUAUCCUUCAUGCGUACAGCAUCGGGAGGAGUCUUCAAAGUACAAGGCUACACUCCCAACGCCGCUGAUAUUCUACCACCUUCCCGUAUCCAGGACCUGGUAUACACCUCUUUCUCCUAUGACAACAGCACGGUGACCCUCAGCUGGACUGCUGUAGGAGACGACUUGGACCAGGGAACGGCCUACAGUUACGAACUCCGCUAUUCCACCAACUACUACGAGGUCCGAAACAACUUCAGCAGUAGUCAUGAGGUCACACAGGAUCAACUAGUCUAUGGGAACCUAUCCUAUAUCAAUCCAGCAGGGAUUAUGGAGAAUGUCACUAUUUCUCUCCCUGAGAGGGGGCAAGAUAUCGUCUACUAUUUCGCAAUUCGGGCUUGGGAUGUUACAGGGAACAGAGGGGACUUGUCCAACAUCGCUUCCCUUUCAAUCCGCUUCAUACCGGUGUCUGAACCAACCACCGAACCUCUACCGGUGUCAAUACCCACCACCACCCCCACCGAACCAAUACCGGUGUAUGGACCCACCAUCGAACCUACUGGGCUAGACAACCUGGCCCUAAUCAUCGGCGUGUGUUGUGCAGUGGGUGUGGUAAUCAUCGUUGGCGCUGUCAUGUUGUACAUUUACUACCAGAAGACACACAUUGCACGGACGAAACCUAAGUCAGCUUCCACGCAGGAAGGGCUUCCAGAAUUGGCGGCGAUGCAACAUAAAUCAACCUAUGAUGAUUUUAUUUUCGCUACAAAUUGA